UGAACGUUACGAACUAGUCGUCGCUCGGCUGCCGGUUAACUCGUUCGUUAUAACUUCUGCCGGUCGAGCUUAGAGAAAAAGAAAACAGAAAGUAAAAUUAUUUAAAAAGAGAAGAAAAACACAAUUUAAAUCGUCAUCCAAUCGAACGAUCUAAUAUAAUUAAUCAUUCUUUGUAUUAACUUAAUAUAUUGUAUAAUUUGAAUUUUUUUCUGAACAGUGUGCGUUAUCGUGAACAUUGUGUAGUUUCUUUAUUUUUUUUUCUUUUUUCGUUUAUUAUUAGUAUUAUUAUUAUUAUUAUAGUUAUUUAGUUUUUUUUUGUGUUUUUUUUUUUUUUCAUCUCUCGUUAUAAUUUUACGCAUAAAUAAGGGGGAUAGGAAAAGGAAGAGUACAAAAAAGCGUUUUGAUUCUUUGAAAAUCUGCAUGCGCCGUAGAGCGUUAGGAUCUAUCGAGAGAGAGAAGAGAGAACAGUUGCAGGAGGGAACUUAAGAAGAACGGCCGUUCGAUAUUACAAAAGCAUGUCAGCAUUUGAACAGAUACUCGUCGCUGCGGCGAGCAUCGCUAUUGGAGGUUUUUUUCUGACAGGAGGACGAUGGCGUUUCAUUUAUGUGCUUUACAAAACUGCACCUAGAGAUAUUUUAGGUGCCAUUAGAUUUAUACGAGUGAAUAUACUCUUAUGGUGGUGGGAGACUCGAGGUUUUACAGUAGCAAGAGUAUUUUCAAGAUUGACUGAACGUCAUCCUGAAAAAGUAGCAUACAUUUUCGAGGAUAAAGAAUGGACCUAUCGGCAGCUCGACGAAUUCAGCAACAGAAUAGGAAGUUAUUUUCACACGCGAUCACUUUCACGGGGGGAUAGCAUAGCUUUAGUUAUGGAAGGUCGUCCGGAAUACAUUGGAACUUGGUUGGGUCUUAGCAAGGUCGGUUUCGUCGGUGCUCUUAUCAACACCAAUCUUCGACAAGAAGUUUUAAUCCAUAGCAUUAAAACAGCAAACUGCAAGGCUCUCAUCUUUGGUUCUGAACUUAAAGACGCGGUACGUGAUAUAAAGGACAAAUUACCAGAAUUGAUGCUGUUUCAAUGGUCAGAACACGAAGAUGUAUCUAUAUUAGAGGGAGCAAUAGAUCUAAACAAAGAAAUCCUCAGUUUAGAUCCAGAACCUCCUCUCAAAGAAAUGGCUUUAGGUACUCCUCGAGACAAGUUGAUAUAUAUUUAUACGUCUGGUACAACUGGAAUGCCAAAGGCAGCGGUUAUAAAUAAUCUCAGGUAUAUGUUAAUGGCUUAUGGCGUUUAUUCCAUGCUGGCUCUACGUUCAGAUGAUCGAAUUUACAAUUCUUUACCUCUUUAUCAUACUGCUGGAGGUAUUAUUGGGGCUGGCCAACCAUUGCUUACAGGAAUAACAGUUGUUCUUCGUAGACGUUUCAGUGCCUCCAAAUUUUGGUCCGAUUGCGUACAUUAUGAAUGUACCAUUGCUCAGUACAUCGGAGAAAUUUGCCGAUAUCUUUUAACUGUUCCACCAAGUUCCUAUGACACAAGUCAUAAAGUAAGACUUAUGUAUGGGAAUGGUCUAAGGCCACAAAUUUGGAAGCCUUUCGUUGAGAGAUUUGGCGUUAAACAAAUUGGUGAAUUUUAUGGUGCUACGGAAGGAAACUCGAAUCUUGUGAACAUCGACAAUAGAGUCGGUGCAGUUGGAUUUGUGCCAAGGUUUGCUGGUAAUCUCUACCCAGUUACCUUGUUGAGAGUCGAUGAAGAAACUGGAGAACCAAUUAGAGGACCUGAAGGGUUUUGUGUACCUUGUAAGCCUGGAGAGCCUGGUGUUUUCGUUGGAAAAAUAAAUCCGCGCAAGGCUGUAAAUGAUUUCAGUGGUUACGCCGAUAAGAAGGCAUCAGAACAGAAGAUCAUACGUGACGUCUUCAAAAAGGGUGAUCGUGUCUUCAAUACCGGUGACAUUUUGGUCAUGGAUGAAUUGGGAUACUUCUACUUCAAAGACAGAACUGGUGACACGUUCAGGUGGCGUGGAGAAAAUGUGGCCACUUCUGAAGUUGAAGCAGUAGUUAGUAAUGUCAUAGGUCUCAAGGAUACAGUCGUUUAUGGCGUCGAAGUACCGGGAAAUGAAGGUAAAGCUGGCAUGGCUGCUAUUUAUGAUCCGGAAGGAUCUUUAAAUUUAAAAGAAUUAGCUGAUGGUGUUAAAAAAGUUCUUCCUAUCUAUGCUCGACCACUUUUCGUUCGUGUCCUUUCGAAACUACCUAUGACUGGUACCUAUAAGUUGAAGAAGAAGGAUCUUCAAUCCGAAGGUUUUGAUAUUACAAAGUUCGUAGAUCCAAUUUAUUUCCUUGAUCGGACGGGCACAUACGUGAAACUGACAGAUGAUUUAUACAAAAACAUUCUUGAAGAAAAAGUUCGGAUAUAGGAGUUUUUUUUUCCCCUAUUUUUUGUUGGGAUAAAUUGUGAACAUAUUUUUAUAUCGAAACAUUAUCGAGAAAUUUGAAGAUAAGUGAUUACAACAAAUUAUUUAAAUACUCGUCGAGCUUAACGCUCUCAAGAAAUUAAUCGCACAAUAAAUUUGUUGUUAAAUUUAUUAUUAAAGAAGAACAAUCAGAGUGAUUAGACGAACGUGCCAAAAAUAAGAAGGAAACUUUUGUUAAAAAGUGUUGUUGGUAUAUUUUGUAAGCCAUUAAAGAAUAUGUUUAAGAUAUUUGAUACUACGUCCUAAAUACGUUUUCUUUUUUUUUGAUGCCCACGUUCCUUGUUGAAGGCUGAACACGUGAAAUAUGAGAUAUAACAUGAGACCUGUUUAUAAUUAAUUUAACAUGUCAGCAGCCGGCAAAGUGUUCAAAAAAUUGAGAUGUAUUAUCCUAUAAUGUAACCAACUUGUUGCAAUAUCUUAAACCAAUUAACUUUGUUACGGAUUAAUAUUUCUAUUAAUAUCUGAAAAAGGAUUGGUUAUACUAAGGAGUAAAUGCAGCAGAAAGUAAAGAUUUGUAAAGCCAGGAGAAAAGGUUCAGGGUCCCAAAAAGCGUCAAUUCUUAAUCUUCAUUCGAUUCUGUAAAUUCAGUCUUUGAUUAGUUAUUAAGUCCGUAUUUUGUAAUAAUUAAUAAAUUUGUAUAUUAAAUUUCGUAAUAGAUUAAUAAGUAUAAGAAA